GUUCACGCCAUCUUUAAACCCUACGGCAGUUGUCAGUGGUCACGUCUCUCUCUUAACCUAACCAAUCCAAAGUUGCCGCUAGGGUCACCGGAAAACUUCAGAGUUGUGUCUUCUAUUGAAUUCUCCGGGAAGGUAAAGAAGAUUAGUGGGUUUUGAUUGUGCUGUAUAAAGAUGUGUACUUUGUUUGAGCUGUCUCUUAAACCCUAGCACCAAUCCGUGAACCUUGAAGUUUGUCAUUCCGGUAGAAAUUCCUCAGCAGUUGAUCUAAUUCGUUCUCUGUGUAGUAUUAGUGAUGGGGCUUUCUCUUGGGGAACAACAUUUCAUUAAAGGUGGGAUUGCUCAAGAUCUUCGAACUGAUGGUCGGAAAAGAUUGACUUACCGUCCUAUCUACGUCGAAACCGGUGUUAUUCCGCAGGCUAAUGGUUCAGCGAGAGUUAGAAUUGGUGGAACCGAUGUGAUUGCUAGUGUAAAGGCUGAAAUUGGGAGGCCAAGUUCACUUCAACCCGAUAAAGGAAAGGUUGCAGUUUUCAUUGAUUGCAGUCCAACAGCUGAACCGACAUUUGGGGGGAGAGGAGGUGAGGAAUUGUCUUCUGAGCUUGCUUUGGCUCUUCAAAGAUGUCUUCUGGGUGGCAAAAGUGGAGCAGGAGCUGGAAUAAAUUUAUCUUCGCUUUUAAUCAAAGAAGGAAAAGUUUGCUGGGACCUUUAUAUUGAUGGUCUUGUCAUUAGUUCGGAUGGGAAUCUAUUGGAUGCCCUGGGUGCUGCCAUUAAGGCUGCUUUAACCAACACGGCCAUCCCAAAAGUCAAUGUUUCAGCUGAAGUAGCAGAUGAUGAGCAACCAGAGAUUGACAUCAGCGACGAGGAAUAUCUUCAAUUUGACACUUCCAGUGUCCCGGUCAUAGUCACGUUAACAAAAGUGGGAACGCAUUACAUAGUUGAUGCAACAGCAGAAGAGGAGUCUCAGAUGAGCUCAGCUGUAUCUAUAUCUGUGAAUCGGACAGGCCAUAUAUGUGGGUUAACCAAACGAAGCGGGUCUGGCUUAGACCCAAGCGUCAUCCUUGACAUGAUCUCUGUUGCCAAGCAUGUGACAGAGACUCUGAUGAGCAAACUUGAUUCAGAGAUUUCAGCCGCAGAGGCCUGCGAAGACGAAUCUUGACUCUUGAGUCUCAGAGAAUCAAAGUUUCAAGAUGAAACAUGUUAGCAAGGGAUCAACAAUAUUUGUAUCUGUGGAAAAUCUUAUACGAAGUCAGAACAGAUUAAGCUAAUCAAAAUCCUUUUUCCUAUGUUCUAAUGUUCCAUGCUUUGUGAUAGUAAAGGUGAUAUUUUUGCCAUUAUAGUAUUAGUAACAUUAUAUCUCAUCUAGGGAUUAUUAAAAGAGGCGUUCCUUGGAUCUCUGUGUUUAAAGUGAAAGACAUAACAAGUUACAAAAGGAUUUGUGAUAUUUUGGGAGGAGGAAAUGAGAAUGGAGAUGAGG